GUUCCUUGGCGUACAUUUUUUGGAAAAAAGUUACGGGUGGGUAUACUAGUGAGGAAAAGAAAGAGAUGUAUUUUGCUUGGAGCGAAAAUACGGAGAAGAAUUUUCCAGUGGCGAAAUCCUCAGCGGGUGAAUCGUUAGGGUACUAAUUUUUCAGUAGCGGGUAUACUAUUCUAGGGUGCAUGUUCCGGGGAGGAAACAUUAUGAGAGCGAAAUGUUAGGAGAGGUAAUUUAUUUGGACGUCUCAUUUAUCCAAAUUCGUUAAAACGAAUCAACCACUACGAAUUUUAAUAUUCUCGCGAAACCGGAAGCGAACACAUGAUACUUAUUUCAAGGGCUUGAAAUGGGGUGGAGCUAAGUUCUGUUUGGAGAAACUUCUUACUGAACAAGUCGUCCGGCGGGGGCGAGUAUUCUGGGGGAAAAUGUUCGACGCACGCAUGAGAUCGAUUUAUUUCUGCGUACAUAUUUGGGCCGGUUACAUAUGCACUAUACAGGCUGUUCACGUAAACCGUACGAAUAGAUAUCCGGCUUAGUUGCAGGCGGAAUUUAGAGGCGACGGGAAAGGUUACAACUUAAGAAUGUUUCCUUUAAUUAUACUUUUUUAAGGGCACCUUCUGGAGAGGUACAUUCAAUGGAGAAAAUUUACAUCUAUCCGAUUCAGUAAAAAUCGUUAAAACAACUUUUAAGUAAAGUUUGGAAUGGAGUGCAUAGCACCAUACAUUUUCCAAUGUAACAAAUCCCCGCCGAAUUGCAACGGAGGAGGAAAGGUCUAGUAAGGGAAUAUACUGAAGAGAGACUUCCAGUGGCGAAUCUUCCAGAGGCAAAUAUUCCGGGAGCGAAUUUUCCGCGAGAAAGUUUUGAAGGGACGUGUAUACGGCGGUGAUAAAUUAUCCAGGGGCGAAAAAUGUGAGACAGAAAACAUUCGGGGGCGAAAUAAUGCGGGAGUGAUAAAUAAGCUCUUGGCGAACUUUUAAAAGCGAAUCCAUAACUGCGAAUUCAACUUUUGUUGCGAAUACCAAAGGAGAACUUACGAGCUGAGUACAUAGCACUUAUUCCAAGGGUUCUCGGUGUAAUGAAGCAAUUUUGUACGCAAAUAUUGCCCGAAGAAACGUUUCGAUAAGCAAGUAGGCCGGCGGAGAAGAAAAUCCCGGGGGAAAAGUUUCUAGGCGCACAUUUCCGAAUAAAUCUUAUAAAUGCAAGAGAAUUUCAAACGCGAAUUUCCUCCUUUGCGAUCAAAAGAUUUUUUUCUAUGUGCAUUUUUCUUUGGAGAAAAAAUUUGAGAUAAUUCUUCCUGGCGGGUACGUACCUUUAGGCUGCAAAUUCUCCAGGGACAGCUAUAUCAGUGACGAAUUGUGUAGGAGCAAAUGCGCCAAGGAGCGAAAAGUGUAGGGCAAACCCUUUAGAGAAAGGCCAGUUUUCUUUCAGCCAAACUUUUGAAAGUAAACCCACCAUUACAAAUUACAAUCUUUUUGUGAAAGCAGAAGAGUGAUCUAGAAUUGAGUAUACCAGGAAUGAAUACCCAGAAACGAAUAUUUCAGUUUUUAGAAAAAAGUAGGUUUUUUUUUAUAUGAGUCAACUAUCUACAUCAUAUAGCGCUAUAGAUUUGAUUCAAUACAGUAUUACCUUGUAACUUGUUACUAUAGCUUUAGUAUCUAUUUAUUUUUCGUAUGGGAGGCACUCGCGGGUUACAGACAUUUUAAGAUCGCAUCACCAGCCGUCUUUGUGACCUAACGAUAGUCGUUUUAAGACUAUGCCAAGACCGCCAGAUUUAUAUGCUCUCCUAAGUAUAGUAGUCAGUAGCAUGUUCUGUAGCACUAAUAACUGGCAAGUGAUGGGAUUCGAACCCACCCGCUAAACCGACUACUAUAUUUUAUUUACAACAGUAAGAGUAACUAUUUUGCAUUCAUCUGAAAUCAGCUGCAGAAAUUGUUACGAACCACUCGAAAUCUUACCUAGUGGUAUUGUCCUGUUCGUAUUAGAAUAGAAUGUAAGGCAAAAUCUGCCUACAAUUGUCUUCAAGCAAUAAUUACCAUAUUUUUCCCUGGAAAUUAUUAUGUAAUGAAUAAGAUUUCAUUUCGUAUUAGACGUUUUUGUAAAAAAUCGAAGGCCCCAAGUUAAAAAAAUGUUCGGGCAAAACAAAUUUUUUCGUACAAAGCUCGUUACCGUAACCACAACGGCCACUUUCAGAUCGAUUAAUAGAUUUAAAUUAUAAAAUCAAUUUUUAAUCAACAUCCUAUAACGUGAAUACUUCCGGACUAUAAUAAUUGUGUUAAUUCGUUAGAAAUUCGGAGCCACGUUAAUCCUGUUUUCGUGACACUUACUCCUAACAUAAUUUUCAUUAGUGUUUGUGCAAUUUGUCUCGAAGCUACAAUAUGAUAAAUUACGAGUUAUAUUUUUGGGUGUACCUAACUGCUGUAGUAGUUGCAAUGAAUCCCAAAGUUAAAAUUGACACAGGGGUAUUAGAGGGAAAAUACAUAAAUGGGAUAACACGUACAUUUUCCUCAUUCACAAAAAUUCCAUACGCCGAGCCACCCUUAAAUCAAUUGAGAUUUGCAUCGCCUCGACCCGCACUUCCAUGGAAAGGGAUCCUGAAUGCGAAACUCGAACCGCCUAUGUGCCCGCAAAUGUUACCAUACAAGCAUUCUCUCCCUAUGGGUGAAGAUUGCCUAUACUUAAACGUCUAUACACCCAAAGUAGAAAGGAACGACACCAAUAAUAUACCAGUAAUGAUAUUCUUUCACGGUGGGAGCUUUAAUUUUGGUUUCGGAACCCUGCUUAAACCACACGCAUUUUUGGAGGCGGAUAUUGUAUUGGUCACCGUUAAUUACAGGCUAGGUGCGUUGGGUUUUCUCUCAACAGGAGAUGAAGCAUCACCGGGUAAUUAUGGCUUGAAAGAUCAAAAUCUAUCCAUCCAAUGGGUAAAGAGGCACAUUCACCAUUUUGGAGGAAAUCCGAGUAAAAUAACAAUAUUUGGUCAAUCAGUCGGUGGUGCUAGUACGCAUUAUCAUAUGCUCUCAUCUCUGAGUAAAGAUUUAAUUAACGGCGUUAUAUGCCAGAGCGGAUUAGGCAACGCUAAAUGGAUGUUUGACACAAGGGACAAAGGGAAAUACCUCUCUAAGAAUUUGGGAAAACUUCUUAAUUGCUCAACAGACUACAGUCACGUUAUGGUUGAGUGCCUAAGACAAGUUUCUUCUGGGGAUAUUUUACUUACACAAUCUAAGCUCUCAAAACCCAAUAUUACAAAGAGCUUACCAAUAUUUAAGCCGGUCAUUGAACCAGACGUCAGGGGAGCAUUCCUGACGCAACAUCCUCUGGAUAUUAUAAGAAGUGGAAACUUUGCCAAAGUGCCAUUUAUGGCUGGAAUCACAGCUAACGACGGCUGUAUAUGUACUGUCGACCAUUGUAAGGAUAGUACCGCUAUUACGGAAUUUAAUUAUAAUUUCGACGAAAUAAUCUCAAACGAAAUCGGAAUAGACCACCGCAUGGACAAAAAGUACAUUACAAAGGAGCUUAAACGAUUCUACUUCAAAGACCAAGUGAUUACGUGCAAUGAUAAAGGACGAGUCAAUAUAUCAAAUAUGUACACUGACGCACUUUUCCUCGCUCCAACCAACGAGGUAUUGGAAUUGUAUUUAAAAUACAACCACACAUCUCUAUACAACUAUGACUUCGAGUACAAAAGUACUCUCUUAACCAGUACUAGCGCUGUUAUUGGUGACGCUGUUCACGACUAUGGUGUAUGCCACUCUGAUGAUAUGAAUUAUUUUUCAUGCGAUCCCAAUUCGUUAAAACAUUACAGCUCCAAUGAUCGAGCCAUGGUCGUUCGAAUGGUAAAUAUGUGGACAAAUUUCGCAAUUUAUGGGAAUCCGACCCCGUUCGAUGGAGCGUGGAAGACAGUAAAAACCAAUGAUUUGGAGUACUACGCCAUUGAGGGUCCACAAGGAGGCAAAAUGUCUAAAAGGCUACACAGCAAGCGUGCUGAUUUUUGGAGGCAUUUGCAAGUAUAUUUGUAAACAUUUAUGUUAGAAUGAAUUGUACUUAGCCAAUUUAAUAAUACUAAUAUUUAGAGUGGGGCUGGGGUGUAAGCUUUCUUUGACGAAAAUUUUGCUCGGUGGGCAGCGAAAAUUUUUGUGGACGCAUGGGGCGAGUUCCUUGGCGUACAUUUUCCCAUGUGUAGGUAUCACAAAAAUUUAAAACUUUUGAAUUGAAUACAUGGCACCUAUUCCAAACAAUAGUUUUCUUAAUCUCAUUGCCUGUUUAAGUACAGAUUUUCC